UCCCGCCCCGUCCCGCCCCGGUGGAGGCUUGGCGGCCGUGCCCGCGGCAGACGCGCAGCCCCUCCGCGACAUGGCCGGCCGCCGCCUCCUGGGGCUCCUCCUCGCCUUCGCCGCGCUGCUGGGUGCAGGUCAUGGGGACGACCCAGGUGACUUCAGCCUAGAAGAUGCUCUGUAUGACCUCAGCACCAAACGACCCACUCCCAAGGGACCCAGAAAGCCGGCAGGUGGGACAGACAACAGCUUUUGGGAUGUCAUCCGUACCACCACAACCAAGCGUCCAAAAACCACGAGAGCCCCCCCCAAGCAAAACCCAGCAAAGGAUCCUAUGGAUUUAGACUUGGCUGAUGCCUUUGACGAUAAGAACGAUAGGAAAGACGAUGGGAGGCCGGACAUAAGGCCAGGUGAAGCAUUUUCAGACGACGACCUGGCCGGCAUUGUGGACGGCGGCUACAGCCCGGACAAGAAGAAAGGUGCCGGGGGCAGCACUGACAGCAACUACGGUGGAGGUGGAGUGGCAGAGACAGGGACAAUCGCCGGCAUCGCCAGCGCCCUGGCCAUGGCACUCAUCGGGGCUGUCUCCAGCUACAUCUCCUACCAGCAGAAGAAGUUCUGCUUCAGCAUCCAGCAGGGACUUAACGCGGAAUACGUGAAAGGAGAAAACAUGGAAGCUGUCGUAAGCGAGGAACCCCAAGUUAAAUAUUCAGUACUGGAAACCCAGUCAGCAGAACCACCAAAACAAGACGGCGCGAAGAUGUAAAGCACGACCCAGGGCUAGAAAAGAAUCAGUCGGCAGCAAACGGAGAUCUUACGUGCUUGUAAUUUAGCUUUUUAUUUAAUUUGACUCCAAAGCUAUUUAAUGUGUACUUAGGCUUGAACUGGCUUCUUAUUGCUCUAGGCUUUAGGGUUAGAGUGGUAGUAUGUGUUUAUUUUUUGUAAAGAGGUUUAUGUUUACAUUGAAGUAACAUUGUAGGUUUGAUGUCCAGUUGUAUGCAAACCAGCAGAAGGUGCUUCAGGAGCGGUCAAUGUUCAAUUAAGGGACGAGGCCUUUUCCAAGGAGCAGAGGAGCGUACAGGUAGGAGGACGGCGAAGUGCCUGUACAUAGCAAUCCAAAGCAAACCAUUCAAAGCCCUUUGUAAAGCACCUCCAGCCAACUUCUGCCAUCAGCUGUGGGCACGUCACUUCCAACGGCAGCGAUGAAAACUGCACAUUUCCUGAGGGUAGAUUGUGGUCCUCAGCGUAGCUACACCUAAAAAUGAAGUGCCUAUGGGUAGGUCCUCAGGCGGGGCCUUGGGCUGGGGCAGGUGACUCCCUGCUCCGAAGCUCGGAGUUGAGGAUGCUUCACCACCACGCAGCGCUGGGCUCCUAACCGUGUAAGAGGACCUGAUUUUCACGCCAAGUCAUAAACACGGGUAACAGCAGUGUGUGCAGUGUUCGCUUUUAGCAAAUACCAUGUGACUGCUUGGCUAUGCUUGAGAUCAGAGUGGAGCUGAAGGUGCCAAGCGAUACGGUUGGUGUGACGGGAGAUACCUACGUUGUCACCAAAGUGAACAUUCUGUGUGCUUGGAUGCUUUGAAGGACAGGUUCAGAUCUCAUUCACACUAGAACAAAUUACAGAUUUCACACAAAAGAAAAUAGACAGAGUAGGUAUCUGUUAAGACCUGUAACGCUCACUACCGCAAGAGAAGUCAAGCUUAGCAAGAUGCAGUCCCCCCACCUUCUCCUUUUAUCGGCAACUAUUGAGAGCACUCCCUGGCAGCCGAGGCAGAAAAAGGACAUAAAGCUUCGUCCUUUGUGCCACCGACUAACCUUUGAAAAAGGCAGAAUCUCCUGAGAGGAUGGGUCCUCCAUCGCCGUCCUGCGUGGGGUUCCUGCAGCUCUCUGGGAAGCGUGGGGCUGCAAGCGGUGCUCAGCAGGACGCUGGGCUGCCGCCACGACAGCGCUGCGAACCCGCGCGAGUGCUCACACGACGUUGUCCCUUCGGCGCUGUGGAACCGGUACCCAGAGCUGACCUUCACAAUCUUGCAAGAAUUUGUGUUUGUUUCUAAUCCCUCCCCACCCCUUGUUUAUCUCCGCUAAAAUGUGGAUACUGCCGCUUUCCGAUACAUUUAUUCAAAUCAAUGAUCGCCUAAAAAGCAUGCCCUCAAGUGAAGGAAAAUUCACUUUACGUGGUGUAAGAGGUACUCACUAUUUAUAUAUAAACCUGAGAUGUGUGCAUUUUGUACUGUUUUGCAAAUCCCGUAUUUUGUGAAUGUGUAUUUAAAAAAAAAAAAAGCCUUUCAGUUUGAUGUAGAAAUUCACGGCUUUCAGGUAGACACGACUUAGAGAAGGCCUUGCCGGGAGGUGACUCAGCCUAGGAGCACUGCUGCCUAACAGCUCCAUUUGAAAGGCAAUUGCCUAGUAACAUGGUUAAGUAUUUUGCAAUAGCUGCACAAUUCUUUAUGCUCUUUUUAACACUUGCAUUUUUAAAGCCUUACACUAGCUCCAGCAGAACAGCUACAGUGUUUUAUAAGGGAGACGAGUGGUAGGGAUAUACGGUGCCUCAUGUGUACUCGGAACACUUAGGCUACACAAUACCACUGCGAACUACUGCAGCUUUGUUUUAUGAAUGUGUUUGGAUUAGAAACCGAAAAUACGUAAUUAUUGGCUGCUCAGAGAGUGGAAGCAGAGGAACUAGAGAUGGGAUGCACUCUGUGUUUGCUUACUCCCAGAGGAGGAUUUUCACGGAGGAAACGUGGUCUGCAGGACUCGGAUUGUCACGCGCCGCAGCUCAGGUGCCGACGAAGCUGCGCAGCUGAGUUUGCGUAUCUCCUUCCCAAGAACCGCCGCCUGUUUUUUGUUGUUAGCCGAACACGUUUGAAAGCUGUAGCAUGAAAAAUGUUUUUAGAAAGUUAUUGUAGAUGAAGCGUUACAACACGGCAGCGAUGAACACUAGGAGCCGUUUUCCUAGCUCAGAUCAAGCGGCUGUAAUUCCAUUUCUCCUUUUGCCGAUGACCGUGUUUCCUGUAGGCGCAGAUCACGGGGGUUAUUGCAUUCUGUCAUCCCGCCAUUCCCGUUCGUCUAGCGGACAGUGCAAUGGAGUGUCCAGCAUUGCUUAAAGAACAUAGCGCCUGCCCCUCCUUUGGGACACUAGAACAUAGGAGAAACACGGGUCUAAUUCACAAAUACUGCAGUUUUAAGAAAAAAAAAUAAAAAAUGCUGUUUCACUGGAAAAAAAAACUACCCAGUUUUUAGAACUCAGAAGUUGCUCCUUUUUCCGAGGCCUUUUCUGUUACUUUGGUGAGUACAUACACCUUAGUGUAAUUUCUAGGUAUGUAGAAAACCAUAAAUGCACAGUGAAAGGGAGCACUUUUUCAAAAAUUUACAGUAACAGAAUUCAAGAUCUCUUUAGGAUUUCAGAUAGGCAAA